UUGCGAUACACUUAGUUCCUGACGCUUCAUCUGAAACGUUCUCCGUGACAAAGUGACGAACAUUUUCAUUUUUCAAGGGUGCUGAAUCUCAGUGGCAUCUCACACGUGUCUCAAGACCAGUGUUGAGUCCCGCGAACCCUGUCGCCCCUCGGCUCAUCAUGGGCGGUCACCGAGUGCCCUCCGACGUCCGACUCGACGGACAGACGGCCAUCGUCACCGGCGCCAACGCCGGCAUCGGCCUGGAGACGGCGCGCGGCCUGUACGAGCGCGGCGCGCGCGUGCUGCUCGCCGUGCGCUCCGUCAGCCGCGGCGAGGCGGCGCGCGCGCAGCUGGAGCGCCAGGCGGCCGGCGCCGCGCCGCCCGCCGGAUCGCUGCACGUGAUGCAGCUCGACCUCGCCUCGCUGGCGUCCGUGCGCGCCUUCGCAGAAAGGAUCAACAGAGAGGAGGCGCGCCUCGACCUGCUGAUCAACAACGCCUGCCUAAUACUGGCCGAGAGGAGCGAGACGCAGGACGGCUUCGAGACCACGUUUGGGGUCAACCACUUGGGACACUUCCUGCUGACGAUGCUGCUGCUAGACAAGCUGAAGGCAUCGGCGCCAGCGCGCGUGAUCGUAUUGUCUUCUGUUGCUCAUGAGCGCGGUCAAAUAUUAUUCGACGAUCUCCAGCUUACUCGUGGCUAUGAGCUCUGGAAAGCAUACUCGCAGAGCAAGCUAGCAAAUGUCCUAUUCGCCCGCGAGCUGUCUCGUCGCUUGCAUGGCACUGGGGUGACCGUCUACGCCGUUCACCCCGGGGUGGUGCGCACGCCAAUCUGGGCCAACGCUCCCGCCUGGCAGCGCUGCUUCCUCGUCUUCCUGAAGCCGUUCUUUAAGAGCGCUGCCUCCGGUGCCGAGACUUCUCUGUUCUGCGCGAUGUCACCAAAGGUGGCAACGGAGAGCGGAAAAUACUACGUCGACUGCAAGGCGAAGGAGGUGGCUCCAGCAGCGAGGAAGGACGCCGACGCUGCCAGAUUGUGGGAAAUCAGUGAAAAGCUGGUGGGACUGACGAGUCAGUGAAUAUGGGGACACAUAACUAAAAAAAAUAGUGGCAUUUUCAUGGGUCCGCUCACUCCGCGGAAGCCUGAAACUAUAGCAUCAGGGUUAGUGACUCGAGAGCAGCAAACCUAUGAUUGUGAUUGGUAUGCACAUUGCAUUCAUUAUAUGUACCUACCAUGUCAUUUGUCAGUGCGUUGGUAUCAGUAGUUCUGAUGUGUAGGCCUUCUAAUAUUUUUGUGGUAGCAGAAAAUUGACAUGUCAUUUAAUUGGCAAGGACAACAUAAAUAUUUGAACUUAGUUACAAGAUACAGGUACCUUAUCGUUGAUUAGGAGUUGAAUGAAACCCAACAAAGCUCUGGGAGUCGGGAGAAUAUAGUUUUUUUUUUCAUCGAAACAUUUAGGUAUAAUAAUGGAGACAUUACUUUUCUGUUAAAAUUGCGAUUUGUUAUUGCAAUUUAUUACCAUAUAAAGCGAAUAAAACGAUUGUUCGAU